UCUCCAGCCUAAAAUCACCACUUUCUUUGUACAUAUUUGUUAGAGUAAACCCUAUGUGGUAUCAGUAAUAAUACACAACCGUUUCCACCAUAUUCUGAUUUAUCAACAACAGUAUUAUCCAUACUCGUACUAUAUCCCGUCAAUGUAGGAAUUUUUAUUGUUGAUUGGGACGGUACGAGCAGAAUCGAAUACCCACAAUUGAAAAAAUACAAUUUCCAUUCCUACUUGUAGGAGUUUUUAUUGUUGAUUGGGACGGUACGAGCAUAAUCGAAUACCCACAAUUUGAAAUACAAUUUCCAUCCCUACUUGUCAUGUUCUGCGUUUAUCAUCCCAAAGAUUAAUGGAGUUUGAUCUCCCCAUUUGAUUAAAUUAUCUCAACAAGAUUGGUAAUGUUGGUACAGACUUGGGCCGAGAAAUUAAGUAUUCGAACAUAGUGCAGUGUAUGUAAAGGUAGCUGUACUGGUCAAGCCCAAUCGAAUGGGCCGAUCAAACUUGUGCUCUUUUCCUUCUUAGUGUUGGGCUAAGUAAGUAAUGUUUAACUCAAUGAUCCACAUAACAUAAGUGUGUUUUUUGUUUUUGUUUUUGUUUUUUUUGUUUUUUUUUUUGAAGGAGUUUUUGUUUUUGUUUUGAUCGAACAUAACUACAUAAGUAUGUUUACUGGAAGUUGAAUAAAGUACUCAAGUCCCCAGCAAGCAGCAACAGCAAGCACAAUUUAAAGUGGAUCUUCUUUUCUUCUUCUCAUCACGACAAAGGAAAAACUGGCAGCUUUCAGUACAAAAGAGAAAAAGAUGCCCAAGUGAAAAAUUAAAGCAGUAAACAAUCAUAAGAAAUGGGGGAAAAUUGUGAAAAGUGAAAACCCUCUUUCAUCACACUUUAUCAUACUUUAUAGCUCACAUAACCCCAACAGCAAAAAAGGGAAAAGUUAGGAAACUAUGGGUAAGAAGAACUAUAACAACCUCUAAUCUCGGAAUAGAAUGACGUUAAUCCGAAAAAUUCUAUCGAUUCACAGUUCAAUAGGUAGUUGUUAUAGAAUUUACAUUGAACUAUUUAUAGGGUCAUUUAUAUGUGUAAAUUUAGGAAACACAACAUAUUAAUUAAACUGAAAUUUAGAGUAUGGUAUUAUACCCGAAUCCUUAAUGAAUAAACUCUAGUUAUAAUACUCUAAAUUCUAAAUCCUAGACCGUGUACCUAGUAUGUUGGAUAUUAGUCAACGAACCAGAACGGUCGAUUAUUGUUUCUACUUGAAUUUAUUUUUAAAUUGCUCCAUCUCGCAAUUGAUGCAUCGCUUAACAGUACUUUACCUUUCAACGGAACAAUUGAAAUAUAAUUGACCCAAUUGUCGCAUCCCCAUUAUGUGUUGUCUGAUAAUGCUAUUUGACCUCAUCAUCGCGCUUCAGUUUGAGACAAUUGAGUCAAAUGCUUCAUCCAAUUUCAUCAUCCAAACGACCUAUAGAAAAUCAAGAUUUAUUGUAUAAUACCAUGCACAAACUAUUCACGAUCUGGAUAGAGAUAUAUGCGCGGUAUUCUCAUAUUUACGAAACCGGACCACCACAGGAUUGAGGAUCUAACCAGAAGGUUGAAAGAAGGAAGCAGGUGCAGCUGCAAUAGAUGAAUGUUGGGAGGGGACAACACACCCUGUCAAAACACUCACACACUCUCUCAACCAAAAACCAACCAACAAACAAACAGCUUUCUUCACUACUGGUAUAUAUAAUUAACCCGCACGCUCACUCCCUCACCUUUCUUCUUCUUCAUUUCCUUUCAUUUCCCCCACUUUCCCUUUCCUCCUCCUCCCUCCCACCACAUCUCAAAAGAUCCUCUGCAUCUCCACCACCAUUUCCUUUCCUCCCCUGCUUCCUCCCUCCACCAAAAAAGCCAUAUCCGUACAAGAAAAGCAAAACACACUCCAGUAUUCCCACACGCCCGAUACCCCCCUCAAAAGUUGAACAAAACCCUUCAACUACACUACUGCCACUGUUCCCCUUUCUUCUUCCUCCUCUUCUCCCACAUGCUCUACUACUACCUCUGCUACAGCUCUGCUCUGUUUCUUACUUGUCGUUGCAGCUUUUGACAUCCCCUCACCAGACACACGCACGCACGCACAAUCACCAUUUCCCCAUUCCCUAUUUCCCUUCUCCUAUAUAACCAUUUCUCCCUCACUCUUCAUAGCUCACUCAUUAAUCCAUUCACAGCAGAUAGAGGCAUUCUCUGUCUUCUUGCUGUAAACGAAUGCUUUCUACAAUGACAUCACAGGAGCAAUCGUGCGCCAGAACGCCACUCCAUCCUCAGAGAAGGAGGACUCCGUCUUUCUCCUCCUCCCUCCUCGACGCCAUCUACCGCUCCAUCGACAAUGAAGGCGGCGAGGGAGGAAACUCGGACUCUGCUGCUGCUGCUGCUGCUGACACUUAUCCCGUUGUUGAGAAACAGAGUGGCGGCUCUGUUUCAGGGGAGGUGGAGUAUAAAGAACCGCUGUCCUCGUCGUCGUCGUCGACAAGUCUCCGCCGGGCGAUUAUGGUGGAGACGUGGAUGGAAGAGAAGCAGAGUACUCCCUCCACUUCGAAAUCAAGCUACUCUCUGGGAAGCAGAAGCAGCUGCAAGAAGAGUGUUAUCUUCUCGUCUACGGAAACAGAGUCUUGCUCCACCGUGAGAUCCUCUGCCUCUUCCUCUUCCUGCACUCCUCUCAGGACCAAGGUGUUUGACAGGGCGGAAAGGAAGAAGAAGAAGGUCGGUAAGAAGAAGGCGGACACUACUAGUGGUCACCCGAGUUACGAGGAAGAAGAAGAAGAAGCAGGGUUCACGAGGACAACCAAGCUCAGAGCUCUGAAAUUCUACAGCGAGCUGAAGAAAGUGAAGCAACCCAUUUCCCCUGGAGGCAGAAUCGCCAGCUUCCUCAACUCGAUUUUCAGCCCCGGCGGUGGAGGAGGAGCUGCGAAGAAGGUGAAGAUGUGCUCGGUCAGUGCCGCCAUGGAAGGCGUCACUAAAACUUCUUCCAAUUCAAAUUCAAAUUCUUCAUCCUCUGCCUCCAAAUCCUGCUUCAGCAGCAAAACGCCGCCGCUGAAUGCGGUCAGACCCCUGAAUCCCAGCACGAAGAAGAGGUCGGUGAGAUUCUACCCGUUCACCGUGAUUGUCGACGAAGAUUCGAGGCCUUGCGGGCACAAGUCGAUCUACGACCAGGAAGAUCCCGCGCUGAUGCCGUCUUCCAAGAUCCUCAAAAGAAUGGCGUCGUUGAAGGGUGGGAAGAUCUGCAAUGGGGAUAGCGAUCAUGGGUAUUACGGCAGAAGGAGUUUUCAGAAGAAGAAGAACAAGUUUGCCGCCGCCAGUACGUUCGAUUACAGAGACUACAUGGAUGAGGAAGAAGAUAGUGACGGGGAAGGGAGUUGCUCAAGCUCGGAUCUUUUCGAGCUGGAUCAUCUCAGUGGGAUUCGGAGGUACAGCGAAGAGCUUCCGGUUUAUGAAACAACCAGCUUUCAAAGAAAUCGAGUCAUCGCUAAUGGCUUCAUUCGCUAGCUUUUUUCUGGAAAAAAAAAAAUUUCAUUCGAAUUCGUUUUCUGUACGUAGGGGGGGUUUCUGUUUCCUUUUUUCCAGGGGUAGUUCUCGUGCCAAUUCGCUAAUGUAAGCCGCUUUAGUAUUUCCAACUGUGAAAAAAAAAAAAUUUCAUUCACACCAAUAAUUCAUAUUAGACUUAGAGAUAAAAACAGGUCGAAAAUCUUUCAAUUGCAUUAUGUGUAAAAAGAUUAGUAUUUAGCAUAUCUUGAGUCUAGGCUGGGUCACUAAUUGGAUUGUGUUCAACUCGACGACUUGUAGUGUUCCAUCUAGAUGGUUUAGAAGAGUACCAAUGCUAGUGAACACCAUCACAAUGUUGUUGUCUCUAGAUUACACGAGUUGCUCACCUACCCGUGGGAAGUGUCAAUCAUUCAUUUUACUGUGAGGGUAAUAGGUGCGCAAACUAUUUGGUUAGUAAAGGGCAUGCUCUCUCUUUUAGUUUCCGUUUUGUAUUGUAAUUUUUUAUCUCUCAUAUUUUUAUUGGAUUAUGUAUGAUUAUCAUAAGCACUUCAGAUCCUGAUUGAUUUUAAAUGAAAAAUAAGGUGUCAUUACAUUCAUCAUCUAACUUUAAAUUAGCUACAAUCCUAUGUCAACCCAAGUAUAGAGAAUAAUCUCCGUGGCAACACAAUCAACGAGGGAGCGCACAUGAAAAUACGAUUGACACUCAAUUCUGAAGUUAGGCUAGGAAGAAAACAAUCUCCAUAAUAAAUUUACAAUGCUAUAUGUACUAUAAGUUUUUGCAUUUAUGGUACAAUUCGAAGUUGUACUUUUAACGGUAUGGUACAACUUUAUAUUGUAUCUAUACCGUUUUGUACAAAUUCUUUUAUGAUACAAUUUGAGCUUGUACCUUUAUGUGACGGUACAAUUUUAAGUUGUAAAGUUGUACUAUAACAUAAGGGUACAAAUUCCUUUAUGCUACAAGCUGAACUUAUAUAUUUAACGCUAUGGUACAACUUCAAGUUGUACAUUAAAGCAACAAUGCUUUAUAGCAUAGUAGAAGUGCUCAUUAUUAUGAUGGCGGGUUGGUUCCUCGUCGACUACAUCAACAAUGGUGGAGUUAGAAUCUUAACCAGGGGCUAAAAAAUCUAGGUUUAAAUCUUAGUAUCGAAACCCAUGUUAUUAACAAUUCGGAUCAGCAUCUUUCAAAGUCGAUUAAUCUAAUUACCAAGCAGAGGCGUCCUUUUUUAGCGUCCCAUUUUUCACAAAAAAAAAAAUUGAACCGUAAUAAUUAUUGAGGGUGUUAUACUCUUACUAUUUAGACUAUUUCUCAUAUUUGCUACAAAUUUUACAUAUAAUUUUAUCUUCUUUUGAGAUUUGAGCAGUGUUAUAAUUCCUACCAUCAAUGUGGCUCUGUCGCUGUCGAUGAGUCUAAUAGUUGCUAUGGAGUCUAGCUGAAACAUUACAUUUUGGGAUCCCUAUUGCUCCAACUUCAUAUGCAUACUUUUUUGCAUGGUUGAUGAAGCAAUCUCAAAGAUAGUAUAAACCACAUAAAUUUCAAAAUAUCAGAAAAGAAAUAAUUAAGGGUUUGAUUUAGCUAUUAAACCUCUAGUCUUCGAAUUUGAGGUCUUAAAAUCAAAUCCUUUCAGUAGCUUCUAACAUUAAAAACUCAACAUAUACCACCCUUAUAAAAAAAACCAAGUUAAGGGAAGUGAACCAAGAAAAAUGCAAGAUGACCAAGGUUAAGGGAGAGUAUGCAUUCUAAGAAAACCGCACUGAUAUGGAUCUUUAAUGAUGUCUGAAUUGGUGCUAGCCCUAGCAUGUAAACCUAGAAUAGAGAUAUGAGUGAUUUAGGUGGCGUUUCCUACACUUUUCUCUGUAGGGGUGAUAGUCGAAUCGGUUAGCGGUUAGUGGACAAUGUUGUUAGAUGUUACUCGCGAAUCAAAAAAUCUUUAUCGU